AUGGCCGAGUCCAGCACACAUAAGCGGCCCGUCCGUAUUGCGGGCUGCUCCGGCGGCUUCACGGACCGUUCGCGUGCCAUUGAGUCUCUGGCGAGCGACCCGGAAGUCGAUGCCAUCAUCGGCGACUGGCUCUCUGAAAUGACCAUGACGGUCCACGGCAGCGGCAAAGCGCGCAACGCGCGGGAAGGCGCCCCGAAGCAGCAGCUCACGCUCGAGGAGCGGCAGAAGACGGCCAUGUACGCCGAGACGUUCCUGCAGUGCUUCGAGCCCGCGAUGGCCAAGCUGGCGGCCAACAAGGCGAAGCUGGCGGUCAACGCGGGCGCGAGCGACACGGAGCUCCUGGCCGAGGUGGUGCAGAGGAUGGUGCGGGACGCGGGCUACGACAUGAAGGUGGCGUGGGUGGAGGGCGACGACGUCACGGAGCAGGUGGAGCGGCUCGCCAAGGAGGGGGAGCAGUUCGAGAGCCUGAUGCAUGGGAAGAAGCUCGAGGAGUGGGGGAUGGAGCCGGUCUGCGCGCAGGCGUACCUGGGUGGAAUGGGCAUUGCUGUUGCGUUGAGGGAGGGCGCUGAUAUUGUGAUUUGUGGGCGGGUGGCUGAUGCUGCUCCCGUGAUUGGGGUUGCUGCCUGGUGGCAUGGCUGGGAAUGGAACCAUCUCGAUGAACUGGCCGGCGCCCUGGUGGCAGGCCAUCUCAUCGAGUGCUCGGCCUACGUGACUGGCGGCUACUACAGUGGCUUCAAGGACCUUAUCAAGCAGGGCAAGCACUUCAACAUGGGCUUCCCCAUCGCCGAGGUCGACCACAAGGGAGAGUGCACCCUCGUCAAGGAGAAGAACUCGGGCGGUUGUGUGACGGUUGCGAGUGCGACUUCUCAGCUGGUUUAUGAGAUUCAGGGGCCUCUAUACUACAACUGCGACGUCGUAGCAGACAUCUCCGACAUCAAAAUGGUCCAAGUAGACGAGGACAAGGUGCACGUCUCCGGCGUCAAGGGCCUGCCCCCCCCUCCCACCACAAAGGUCGGCAUCACCGCCCCCGCCGGGUUCCAAGCCGAGUGGCACAUCUACCUCUGCGGCCUCGACAUGGAGGACAAGUGCAAGAUCACCGAAGACCAGGUCCGCUACGCCCUGGGCGACGACAUCAAAAAGUUCUCCCUCCUCAAGUUCCACCAGAACGGCACCUCCCCCAUCGACGCCCCCAGCCUCGACCUCGCCACCGUCGACUUCCGCAUCUUCGCCCAGUCCCGCGACCCGGAGAUCAUGCGCCCGGACAUCCCCACCGGCUUCAACCGCCGCGUCCUCGAGGUCUUCCUGCAGAGCGCCCCGGGCGCCUCCCUCAGCAACGACCUCCGCCAGGUCGUCCCCAAGCCCUACUACGAGUACUGGGUCGCCCUCCUCCCGCAGUCCGAGCUCCGCCACCGCGUCCACUGCCUCUGGAAGAAGAACGACGACUCCUCCGCCGGCGUCAUCGCCAUGCCCGUGCCCCCCGUCACCCGGACCUACCCGCGCCAGCAGGCCUCCUACGAGACCGCCAACCCGGUCGACCUCGCCUCCUUCGGCCCCACCGUCCGCGCCCCGCUCGGCUACAUCGUCAUGGCCCGCUCCGGCGACAAGGCCUCCGACUGCAACGUCGGCUUCUUCGUCCGCCACGACGACGAGUGGGACUGGCUCCGCUCCUUCAUGACCAUGGACCGCGUCAAGGAACUCCUCGGCCCCAACGAGUACAAGGGCAAGCCCAUCGAUCGCUUCGAGAUUCCCGCCAUCAACGCUGUUCAUUUUCUCCUGCAUGACCACUUGGAUCGAGGAUAUAAUGCUUGCUCCAACUAUGACACGCUGGGCAAGUUGGCCGGCGAAUAUAUGAGAGCCAAGACCGUGGAUCUACCCAAGAAGUUCCUGGAUAGGGGCAGGAUAUGA